GAGCCGCCGCUACCCACAUCAGGAGAGAAAUCAUGGCUGAAAUCAUGGCUAUAAGGUAUGGCGAAAAAGCAGAAGAGAUGUCGGUUGUAGAGGAUUUGUUUUGUCCUAAGUGCAGAGACAAUAGUAAUUACAGCUUUUGCAUGAAGAAAAUGGGGCACAAACCUACUGGUAUACUCGUGCACACCGCUAAGUCAAUUGGUUUUUCUUCUGUUUCGGAGAUGCUUCUAGUACGAGGUUCAGGAAAGGAAAAUCCACUUUCCAUACAAGAAAAACAUGGCAAGAACAUUGUAAGUGAAGAUACUGCUAUGAAUCUUGACGACCAAAAAGGUAGAAAGAUGAAAAAUAUUAGUAGAAAAAUGGAAUUAAAAGUUGAUGCUGAAAUUUCACUUCCUCGAGGAUUAGAAUUAAAAACUGCGUUAUAUAUUGAACUGCAACCCGAAGAAGUUGGUCCAGCAUUGCAGUUCUUAGAAUUUUGCAGUACUUUUGGAGAGAUUAUUGGACUCAAGAAAGAUGAGUCGUAG